AUGUUGAAGUUUGCUGACGAUACUAAAUUAGGGAAUGUAGCCAGGGACUACGCAGAUAUUGAACAUCUUCAGAAAACCAUUGACGAACUUUUGGUUUGGGCUGAUACAUGGUGCAUGUCAUUUAAUACUGCAAAAUGUAAAGUACUUCAUUUGGGCAGGAAUAAUAAUAGACAUGUCUAUAAUAUGAAUGGUAUUGACCUACAGGCAGUUGAAACUGAACGCUAUAUUGGAGUCCUUAUAAGCAGUAACUUGAAACCCUCACAACAUUGUACUCAAGCAGCAAUUAGGGCGUCUGCUAUCUUGACACAAAUCUCCAGAGCCUUUAUGUACAGAGACAGAAAAACGUUUCUUAACCUAUACAAGCGGUUUGUAAGAUGCCAUCUGGAAUUUGCAGUCCCUGCCUGGUCCCCAUGGCUAGCCCAAGACAUUGAAGUUUUAGAGAAGGUCCAACGCAGAGCAGUGAAUAUGAUUGUAGGAUUGACCGGUAGGACAUAUGAGGACAAACUUUCCGAACUGAAUUUGACCUCACUCUCUGACCGCAGGAUAAAGUUUGACCUAGUGCAGACAUACAAGAUCCUAAAUGGCAUUGAUCGAGUAAGCCCAGAUAUUUGGUUCAAAACUGUAGAACAAAACAAUAGGCUCACAAGAAUCACGUCCUACAGUAAGAAUUUGGUUGCUGUACGUUCAAGGACAGAUAUCAGGAAAAAUUUCUUCUCGAAUAGAGUUGUCAACCUAUGGAAUAACCUACCGACAGAUAUAAAAGACUCAAGGACGGUUAAAAUCUUCAAGAACAAAUUAGAACCAAUGAGAUUCUAA